CGGCGGCGAGCGCCGGGAAAGGCGGGGUCGGCGCGAGCGGCGAGUUGCCGAAAAAUUCAGUUUCUUCAAUGAGAAAUCGACUAUUUUGUUCGCAGAGGAAACCGAGCGUUUUGUUUGGGGGGGAAAGCGGCGCGCGGGGGUCGGCGAUGGGCGUUUUUUCCGCGCCGUCCAUCCCCUCGGGCCCGGCGGAGGCCGGAGCGAGGCCGUUUUCCUCUCGCCGUGUUUAGCGGGAGGUGCCGCAGGUACCGCGCACGUGAUGCGGGCGCUCACCGGCCUCGCCCCCGCCGCUGCGGGCACCGCCAGGGUUAAACCCGCUCGGUGCGCGCCCUCGGAGCGGACUUGCAGUGAAUGGAGGAGGACACUUCUAGCUAAAGAUUUAACUUGUCUAAAGAUAUCAAGCGUUUGCGCCGAGCCCAGCGGAGCGGGAUCGCCAUGUUUCGAAACAGUCUCAAGAUGCUUCUCACAGGAGGGAAGUCAAACCGCAAAAACAGGUCCAGCGAUGGAGGGAACGAGGAGCCACCAGACCGAAGACAGGCAAGUGUAGACUCCCGUCAGAGCCGAGCUGGGCAAGGCACCUCCACAGAGAACGACUGUGCUUUUGAACCUGACUACGCAAUUCCUCCUCUCCCAGUGACCGAAGGUAUGCAGCACAUUCGGAUAAUGGAGGGCAUGUCCCGCUCCCUUCCAUCCUCCCCCUUACUCACACAUCAGUCUAUCAGUGUUCGGCUCCAACCUGUGAAGAAGUUAACUGCCCCUCUGAGGAAAGCAAAGUUUGUUGAGAGCCCUCGAAUCCCAGAGUCCGAGCUUGGCUCCCCAACCCUCUCUGCCCAGAAGCUGGACGUUGAUGCAUUCUGCCCUGGUGAUACUGAGCAAGAGCUGGGACCCCCUCCAUCCGUAGAUGAGGCAGCGAACACACUCAUGACUCGCCUGGGCUUCCUCCUCGGAGAGAAAGUCACGGAGGUUCAGCCAGGGCCCCAGUACAGCAUGGAGGUGCAGGACGAGAACCAGAGCUCGGCGGUGACGCAGCGCAUCAGCCCCUGCUCCACCCUGACGAGCAGCACGGCCUCGCCGCCCGCCAGCAGCCCCUGCUCCACCCUGCCCCCCGUCAGUGCCACUGUCACAGCCAAGGACUGCACCUAUGGCGCUGUCACCAGCCCCACGUCCACGCUGGAGAGCAGAGACAGCGGCAUCAUCGCUACAUUGACAAGUUACUCCGAGAAUGUGGAACGCACUAAAUACGGAGGGGAAAGCAGUAAGGAACUUGGAUCUGGGGGAAACCUGAAGCAGUGGCAAUCCCAGAAAUCCAGCAUGGACUCCUGCCUGUACCGCGUGGAUGAGAACAUGUCAGCCUCCACCUACAGCCUCAACAAAAUCCCCGAGAGGAACCUGGAGACAGUCCUGUCCCAGUCAGUGCAGUCAAUUCCUCUGUACCUUAUGCCACGGCCAAAUUCAGUAGCAGCCACCAGCUCAGCCCACCUGGAGGAUCUGGCUUACCUGGACGAGCAGAGGCACACUCCCCUGCGCACGUCGCUGCGGAUGCCGCGCCAGAGCGUGGCCAGCGCCCGGGCACAGCAGGACCUGAGAGUGCGCUUCGCGCCCUACAGACCCCCCGACAUCUCCCUGAAGCCGCUGCUGUUCGAGGUGCCCAGCAUCACCACGGAGUCGGUGUUUGUGGGCCGGGACUGGGUGUUCCACGAGAUCGACGCGCAGCUGCAGAGCUCCAACGCCAGCGUCAACCGCGGCGUGGUCAUCGUCGGCAACAUCGGCUUCGGCAAAACCGCCAUCAUCUCCAGGCUGGUGGCGCUCAGCUGCCACGGCACCAGGAUGAGGCAGAUUGCUUCAGAUAGCCCCCACGCCUCUCCAAAACAUGUGGAUGCCAACCGGGAGCUGCCCUUGGCACAGCCGCCCUCUGCCCACGCAUCCAUCGCCAGCGGGAGCUGCCCGGGGACGCCCGAGAUGCGGCGGCGCCAGGAGGAGGCCAUGAGGAGAUUGGCCUCACAGGUCGUAGCUUACCACUACUGCCAGGCUGACAACGCCUACACCUGCCUGGUGCCCGAGUUUGUGCACAACGUGGCCGCGCUGCUCUGCCGCUCGCCGCAGUUCGUGGCGUACCGGGAGCAGCUGCUGCGCGAGCCGCACCUGCAGAGCCUGCUCAGCCUCCGCUCCUGCGUGCAGGACCCCAUGGCCUCCUUCCGCAGGGGCGUCCUGGAGCCCCUGGAGAGCCUGCACAAAGAGAGGAAGAUCCCUGAUGAAGAUUUCAUUAUAUUAAUUGAUGGUUUAAAUGAGGCUGAAUUUCACAAGCCAGAUUAUGGAGACACCAUAGUAUCGUUCCUGAGCAAAAUGAUUGGAAAAUUCCCUUCCUGGCUGAAGCUGGUUGUGACAGUCAGGACAAGUCUACAGGAAAUAAUUAAGCUGUUGCCCUUCCACAGAAUAUUUUUGGAUAGACUGGAGGAGAAUGAAGCCAUCGACCAGGACCUGCAGGCAUACAUCCUUCACCGCAUCCACAGCAGCUCGGAGAUCCAGAACAACAUCUCGCUCAACGGCAAAAUGGACAACACUACGUUUGGCAAACUCAGUUCUCACCUCAAGACCUUGAGCCAAGGCUCCUACCUAUACCUGAAACUUACUUUUGAUCUCAUAGAGAAAGGAUACCUAGUUCUAAAAAGCUCCAGCUACAAAGUGGUGCCAGUGUCCCUGUCCGAAGUGUACCUGUUGCAGUGCAAUAUGAAGUUCCCAACACAGUCUUCCUUUGAUCGGGUCAUGCCUCUCUUGAACGUAGCAGUGGCUUCUCUGCACCCAUUAACAGAUGAACAUAUUUUUCAGGCCAUUAAUGCAGGUAACAUUGAGGGCACUUUGGAGUGGGAGGACUUUCAGCAGAGGAUGGAGAACCUUUCUAUGUUUCUUAUCAAACGUAGAGACAUGACGCGAAUGUUUGUUCAUCCCUCUUUCCGAGAAUGGCUUAUUUGGAGAGAAGAAGGUGAAAAAACCAAGUUUCUUUGUGAUCCAAGGAGUGGCCACACACUGCUUGCCUUCUGGUUUUCUCGACAAGAAGGAAAAUUAAACAGACAGCAGACUAUUGAACUGGGACAUCACAUCCUCAAAGCACAUAUUUUUAAGGGUCUGAGUAAAAAAGUUGGGGUAUCUUCCUCCAUCCUGCAAGGGCUUUGGAUCUCCUACAGUACUGAAGGUCUCUCAAUGGCGUUGGCAUCUCUGAGAAAUCUCUACACCCCAAACAUAAAGGUCAGCCGGCUGCUGAUUUUGGGAGGCGCAAACGUGAAUUACCGGACGGAGGUUCUGAACAACGCCCCCGUUCUGUGCGUCCAGUCUCACCUGGGCUACGCAGAGAUGGUGGCCCUGCUCUUGGAGUUUGGGGCCAACGUUGAUGCAGCCUCCGAGAGCGGCCUGACCCCGCUGGGCUACGCGGCUGCCGCCGGCUUCCUGAGCAUCGUGGUGCUGCUGUGCAAGAAACGCGCUAAGGUGGACCAUUUGGACAAAAACGGGCAGUGCGCCCUGGUCCAUGCUGCUCUCAGGGGACACCUGGAGGUGGUGAAGUUCUUGAUCCAGUGCGACUGGAGCAUGGCUGGCCAGCAGCAGGGAGUGUUCAAGAAGAGCCACGCAAUCCAGCAGGCCCUGAUUGCUGCCGCCAGCAUGGGCUACACCGAGAUCGUCUCCUACCUGCUCGAUCUUCCAGAAAAAGAUGAAGAGGAGGUGGAGAGAGCACAGAUCAACAGCUUUGACAGCCUCUGGGGAGAGACAGCUCUGACGGCCGCGGCGGGGCGCGGGAAGCUGGAGGUGUGCAGGCUGCUCCUGGAGCAGGGCGCCGCCGUGGCGCAGCCCAACCGCCGCGGGGUCGUGCCGCUCUUCAGCGCCGUCAGACAGGGACACUGGCAGAUCGUGGAUCUCCUGCUGACACACGGCGCCGACGUGAACAUGGCAGACAAGCAGGGCCGGACGCCGCUGAUGAUGGCUGCAUCUGAGGGACACCUGGGCACUGUGGAGUUCCUGCUUGCACAAGGUGCCUCCAUUUCUCUGAUGGACAAAGAGGGCUUGACAGCCCUCAGCUGGGCCUGCCUGAAGGGCCACCUGCCCGUGGUGCGUUCCCUGGUGGAGAAUGGAGCUGCCACGGACCACGCGGACAAGAACGGCCGCACGCCGCUGGACCUGGCGGCGUUCUACGGCGACGCUGAGGUGGUUCAGUUCCUGGUGGACCAUGGGGCCAUGAUUGAGCACGUUGACUACAGUGGGAUGCGGCCCCUCGACAGAGCAGUGGGCUGCCGCAACACCUCGGUUGUCGUCACCCUCCUGAAGAAAGGAGCAAAGAUAGGUUGUCAGACGUUACCGAGUCGCCCACGAGGUCCAGCAACUUGGGCAAUGGCAACCUCCAAACCUGACAUCAUGAUCAUCCUGUUGAGCAAGCUGAUGGAGGAGGGAGACAUGUUUUAUAAGAAAGGAAAAGUGAAAGAGGCUGCCCAGCGCUACCAGUACGCUCUGAAAAAGUUCCCCAGAGAAGGGUUUGGAGAAGACCUGAAAACCUUCCGAGAGCUGAAGGUGUCGCUGCUCCUCAACCUCUCCCGGUGUCGAAGGAAAAUGAACGAUUUUGGAAUGGCGGAGGAAUUUGCCACUAAAGCACUGGAGCUGAAACCGAAGUCUUACGAAGCUUACUAUGCAAGAGCAAGGGCCAAACGCAGCAGCAGGCAGUUUUCAGCAGCCCUGGAGGACCUGAACGAGGCCAUCAAGCUGUGUCCAAACAACCGUGAGAUCCAGCGGCUGCUGAUGCGGGUGGAGGAGGAGUGCAGGCAGGUGCAGCAACAGCAGCAGCAGCAACAACAGCAGCAGCAACAACAGCAGCAGCAGCAGCAGCAGCAGCAGCCAUCACCUCCACUCCCAGUGGAGCCAGAACCCGAAGCCCAGCAUGAAGAGCUGUAUUCUGUGCAAGAUAUCUUUGAGGAGGAAUACCUCGAGCAGGAUGUAGAAAAUAUUUCCAUUGGCUUGCAGACAGAGUCCAGGCCAAACCAAGGGCUGCCCAUCAUCCAGAGCCCACCCCAAUCUCCAGCUCACAGGGACUCAGCCUAUAUUUCUGGCUCACCUCUUGGCUCCCAUCAGGUCUUUGAUUUCAGGUCCAACAGCUCUGUGGGUUCACCAACCAGGCAGGGAUACCAGUCCACAUCUCCUGCUCUGUCUCCAACACACCAAAACUCACAUUACAGACCCAGUCCUCCACACACAUCCCCGGCUCACCAGGGCUCCACUUACCGCUUCAGCCCCCCUCCCGUGGGAGGCCAGGGCAAGGAGUAUCAGAGCCCGCCGCCGUCUCCGCUGCGCAGAGGCCCCCAGUACCGCGCCAGUCCCCCCGCGGAGAGCAUGAGCGUGUACCGCUCGCAGUCCGGCUCCCCGGUGCGCUACCAGCAGGAGCCCGGCGCCGUCUCCCAGCUGCCCGGCAGGCCCAAGUCUCCUCUGUCCAAGAUGACGCAGAGAUCCUUCCAGAUGCCCCAGCUCCCCGUGGCCGUGCCGCAGCCGGGGCUGAGGCUGCAGCCGGCCAAGGCGCAGAUCGUGAGGAGCAACCAGCCCAGCUCUGCCGUGCAUUCCAGCACUGUCAUCCCAACCGGUGCCUACAGCCAGGUUGCCCACUCGAUGGCCAGCAAGUACCAGUCGUCAUCAGGGGACAUGGGGGUCAGCCAGAGCCGCCUGGUCUACCAGGGCUCCAUCGGGGGCAUCGUGGGUGACAGCAGGCCCGUGCAGCACGUGCAGGCGAGUCUCAGCGCCGGAGCCAUCUGUCAGCAUGGAGGGCUGGCCAAAGAAGACCUUCCACAGAGACCGUCCUCGGCGUACAGAGGGGGGAUGAGAUACAGCCAGACGCCUCAGAUUGGGCGAAGCCAGUCCGCCUCCUACUAUCCGGUGUGCCACUCCAAACUUGACCUGGAGCGUUCUUCCCUCCCCGCCAACCAGCUGGGCUCUCCAGAUGUGUCUCACCUCAUAAGAAGGCCCAUCACAGUCAAUCCCAGCGAAAUCAAGCCUCACCCACCGACUCCAAGGCCUCUACUCCACUCUCAGAGCGUUGGCCUCCGCUUCUCCCCUUCCAGCAAUAGCAUCUCCUCCACCUCCAACCUGACUCCCAACUUUCGCCCCUCUGCCUCGAUUCAGCAAAUGGAGAUCCCCCUGAAGCCAGCCUAUGACAGAGCGUGCGAUGAGCUGUCCCCGGUGUCGCCCACGCAGGGGGGCUACCCCAGCGAGCCAGCCCGCUCCCGGACCACGCCGUUCAUGGGAAUCAUAGAUAAAACUGCUCGGACUCAGCAGUACCCCCAUCUCCAUCAGCAGAACCGGACCUGGGCUGUGUCUUCAGUGGACACUGUCAUUAGUCCUACGUCUCCUGGCAAUCUGCCCCAGCCGGAAUCCUUUAGCCCACCCUCUUCAAUCAGCAACAUUGCCUUUUAUAACAAAACCAACAAUGCACAGAAUGGCCAUUUGCUAGAGGAAGACUAUUACAGCCCCCAUGGGAUGCUGGCCAAUGGGUCCCGGGGAGACCUCCUGGAGAGAGUCACCCAAGCCUCCUCAUACCCCGACGUCAAGGUGGCAAGGACGCUGCCCGUGGCGCAGGCCUACCAGGAUAACCUGUACAGGCAGCUCUCCAGGGACUCCAGGCAAGGGCAGACGUCCCCAAUCAAACCAAAGAGACCAUUUGUGGAGUCUAAUGUGUAAAAGACACUUGUUGGAGUGAGACCCUCAUGUUUUCAGCACACACUUCCAAGCUUGAUUUCCAUGCAUACUAUUAUAAUUAUUAUUAUUACUAUUAUUAUUUUUAUUUCUCUUUGAUAGCUACAUGAUCAAGUUUCUCCGGUACUUUAUGUGGUGGUCAGACAGCCAUGCACGUGCUCCAGCCCUUUUGUUCCCCAGCUGACUGUGAAGCCAACAUCAGCCGAGCCAGUAUCAUUUGCCCAAUUCCAGCAAAGUUCCAACCAGGAUAUCUUAGUCCAUGGUGUGGGGUGGUCCAGAGAUAUCCCUACGCAGCAGGAGGUAACCAGCUCUUUUUCAAGAGACAAUUGCCUUGGAUUUUUAAAUUGGUGUCUUUUGUCUCAAUGAUCUCUUACUCAACUCUGAUGGGAAUUCCUAGGGAAUUCCACAGGAGCCUUUCCCAAGGCUGCAUCCACAGGUCCCCGUGCCAGCCAGGUUGUUUGGCUCUUUGCCCCAAAGAGGGGAAUACCCUCAGUGAUGUGAUUUAACACCACUAGCUAUGCACAGCACCCACGAUGCCCAUUCUGAUUCUGCUGGCUUACAGUGCUUUCCUUCCUUACUUAACUUGGUCAGAAGGAGUGGGGAUCACACAGCACUUUGCUGCUUUCCAAGUACCUACCAGGUGCCCUCACACUGAUUUCUUUGCUCUGGGGCAUUUUAGAAGCAUUGAGGGUGUAAGGUUGGCCCUUUGUUACGGGUUUUAAUCAGCCAAGGGAGUUGGCCAGGAGCCUCUUGUGCGUGAACUGGGUUUGCACUAAUUUCUUCACACUGUUGGCAGACUUCACCUCACCCACAGCAUUUGCACGGGGCAAGUCAGUGUUGGGGACUUCAUCUGGGAGGAGAUUUAUUACUUGCAAGGAAGAGCAAAAAUCUGACUUAGGAAAUGGUAUUCAAAGAGGAAAAUUGCAAUUCUUACUUUUUUUUAAAUUUUUUUUUAUGAUGAGCAUGUAGAACAUGGCAUGAUGGUCCCAAAAGAGGAAGGGUCCUUCUGCAGUCCCAGGCCUGCAGCAUCCCUUCCCUCUGGCUCAGUCCUGCCAGGGAUCAGGGGCUGUAGCAAGGGCUGUGCUCCUCUAAGAUUCUCUGUUCCCAAAAUCCUGGAAAGGGACACCAUGUUCCAAACCUGUACAUGGUAGAAACCAUGUGUUGCUUUUUGAGAAGCUGUAGUUCAGAGAGACGUAUUUAUAAUUUAUUUAUGUUAUCUAUUUCAGGACAUUUUCCAGUUCAGGUUGGGUUUUUUCUAUUAUUUUCAGUUUUGUAAUCAAAUGCAAGUCACAUCAAGACAGCACGAAAAGCAGGGGGCCGGUUCCAAAAUCCUUUUUAUAGGAUUUUCAAAAAUUUUUUUCAAUUAGUUGCUGAAAAUUUCUUUUGAGGUGGGGGGAAGAACUUCCUUUACCGAUUCUUCUGUUCCUGGUGGGUUUGUAAUCUGCCUUUUGUGUUCUGAGGGUGAAGGGUGGGAUGAUGGGAGGGAGAGUGAUAACGCUGUAGCUUGUUUUAAAGCAAACUAGUGCCUGUUGCCCAAUGCCAAACCUCACUCAUAUCAACUCUGGGGAGCGAUUCAGUGCUGAGCAGGGGAGUGAUACCUCCAAAGGGCUACUGAGAAUUGAUUGCAAGACUUCUUGAACCAAAUCACGGGCUCCAGCCUCCGCUGGUGUGAGUGAGCAUAUCCCAGCAACACAUCACUGCAGCUGCACCCUUUCACACCAGCUCAGGACAGGGUCUGGAACUCUUUAAGCAAACCCUGGCUUUGAUGGGGCUUUUUUCUUUUCCCUGUGUGUGGCUCAGCACAUCUCAUUGCUGUUUCAUUGCCUAACUUGCUCAGAGCAAGCUGGGACAUGCACACCUUGGGCCAGGGGAGGCUUGUGUCUCAUAGACACAUGGAGAGCAUUUGGAAAAGAGGGUUCCUCUAUGAGUUUUGGCAGUUUUGGGGUGCCCCGGGGGCCGUUUGGUCUUUGUCAAAGCCAGUAUUUGGAUUGAGGUUGGUGUUUUUUCUUCCUUGAGGUGCAACCCAAUGCUGACUCUGCUUUAUCCCAGGGCUCUGUAAAUGGGGGCUGGCUGGGACCCCUUUGAUGUGGGGACACCCAGGUCUGUGCAUGGUUUCUCUCCUUGCAAAUGGGGUGUGAUGGUUUUCCUUCUUCCUUUCAUUUCUGAAAUAACAUGCUCUGUAUUGUAAGGAAUAACUGAUUUCUCCUCCACAUCCCACAUGCCCAUAGCUGGGAGACGUGUCCUGGCUCUGGAGCAGCAUCAGUCACUUUGCUUAGUGCCUCUCAUCCUCCAGCUUUCUGCCUGAGUGAGUGGCUUCCUACCUUUAGUUGCUUCUUUGAAAGGAAAAAGCAACCCAGCCCAGCCCUGUGCCUGCGUUUCCUGGCCAUGGGUGCUCUCCCCUGCCACGCCAGCAGGGUGGCCCAGGGGCAGUGACAGAGCUGCCCACGCUCUGCUUUCGCCACUCACUGCCUUGUGCUCCCAGUCCUGUCCUUCAGAACAUCCCCCCGCAGCACUCCUGUGCGUAACUCCCCAGUUUCUGAAGAUGUUUUAAGAGAAAACAGCUCACGCUUUUAACACAACCACAAAGCUGAAGAAGGCUUGAAACACUGCAGCAUGCAGGUUUUUUCACAAUUCCACGUGUUACAUUUUCCACGGGAUUCUUGCACUAAUGGUUUUCCAUCUGUUCUCUCUGUAAAUGGGUGCACUUUACUGUUUGGAUUUGUUACUAUGAUAAAUACUGGAUAUUUAAGCGUGAGUAGUGUCUUCAUUAGAGAAAUAGCAAAACAGCUCAUGUCUCUUAGUGUAUUUUUCAAAAAAAAAAAAAGAAGAAGAGAAAAGAAACAAAGCAAUGAAUCAUAACAUUUAUAGCACAAGAACUGAUUCCUGUAUAUAAGCAUCAACAGAUUGAGUAAUUUUUGAAUACAAAAUUAUUUGCAGUGGUUUUAAAGCACUUCCCUGGCAAUUCUCUUAGGGACAGUUGAGGCAGGAUGGCUGCUGUGGCCACCAGGUGGGUAAGAAGCACAUUUCUUCCUGGAAAAGCUGUUCUUGCUCAGUCCCCUACGUCUUCAAAGUCAUGAUUUGGUCUUUGCAUUAGGAGAAGCAGAGGUCAUUCUGUGUUGUGCUGGCGUGGCCCCAGUGUGCUUAGGGGAGCACAAGGUCAGAUCUCACCCUGAGGGCCCUUCAUCCUCUUCUCUUAGAUCUGGGUCUGACGAUCAGGCCACACUGUGGGAUCACAUUCAGUUUCAGACACUGAGCUGUCCUGUAUGUCUGUGCUAUGUAUUUAAUUACUUUUUGAGUAAUUAAGAUGCAGGUCAAUGCUGCCAGCUGGUGCCUUCAUGCCCUCCUGACUGCAGUGGUACCACUGGCAAGCCCCACCUUCGAGCAAGCAGGAUUUUGGGUCCACUAAGAAUAGCAGGUUCUUGAUGACAUUGAAACUCCAGUUUUCAUUCUUGGGGUACAUGCAGAAGGCAGUGCCAGAAGUGAUGCUGAAGCUGACCCCUUUCUUUAGCCAACCUUCCCACCAGGUGUCUCCCAUCCUCACCUGUGGCUGCUCUGAGACCCCGGUGUGCUGCCACAGAGCUGGAAUCUUCUCUCCCAGCAUCAGGUGUGGGUGUCUGCCCCGUCCAUCAGUGAGGGUUCAUUGGCUCUUGCUUUUCUCCCACAUUAGGAGGAUGCUGUGGUCCCAGGGGAGUGGACACCCACGUGGUGGGGAGCUCUGCAGAAUCCCACCAGCCAGGCUGGGAGUGGCAUCAGAGGGCUUUGGACACAGUCUUGAGUGGGCAUCAAAGUGUUGAGGAAAAGGAAGGUUUUACAAAGAGAGAUCCUUUUGAGAUCCGUCUCCAAAGGAGGUACAGCCUGAGCUGCCUUCUCUGUGUCACCGGUUGGGAGGACUGUGAUGGUUCCAACAAUCUGAAAUGUGUGUCUGUCCAUCUGUCUGUCUGCUGUGGCACCAGUGCCCAGCUCAGUCUGUCUGAGCACUGAACUUUUUGGUUAUUUUUCUUUAACCUGGCUGUGAAGAAAACCGCGUGGCUGGUGUGAACGCGUGAGCGUGGGUAUGCCAAACACCGGAGUCGUGCUGGGAUUAGGUCUGGAACCAGGCUGGGUGGUAAACUGGGAGCGGUUCAGUCUCCUUUGCAAAGGUUGCUGUAUAUUCAGGGUUACCCAGGAGAAGUCUAGCUAAAACCGAAGUGCCAGCUCUGCCUUAUCUAGAGAACCAAGCAAGCCAGCGUGCCUGCUCGUCCUCCGCCUUGCUCGCCCGCGGGGGUCCAUAGUGCGCUGCCGCGAGCUCCUUGGUGGUUGUGCUUUGCUGUACUCUUGGCAAUUCAAGGUAACUCCUCUACUGGUUUAUCAGCCUUUACCCAAGGGCUUAGGGAGAGAGCUGCUGUACCUGCUGGGACCUCUGCAAAUCAAAGCCUUCACCCCAUGCCGGCUGCGCUUCGCAGGCUGGUGGAGGGUGUGUUGGACACAAAGCACAAUGGUUGAAAGUGAAUCUGCGUUUUUUUUCAGCUUUAUGUGAAUAAUUGCUGGAUUUUCAUUCAAUCAAACUCUUUUUUCUAAUAUAAACCACUAAGGGCUCAAUUCUUUAGCAAGAUGCAUUCGUGUCCAACUCUCGACUCUACAGCUGGAUCUCACCAAACUGGUACAGACCGACCCAAGAGGUCACAGCGAGCGCGGCCGUCACGGGGAAAGCCAACAGACACCCAGCCCACCAGCUGUGUCCUUCCUCCUGCUCCUUUUCUAGCUGUCACGGUACUGGGGAGUCAGCAGCCAGGUCCCAUCUGAUGGCUGUGAAAACAGAGGGCUGCUUUGCUAAAAGACUUUGUCCCUUUGGGUGAUGCUGUCCAGGGACGGCGGUGGGGAGGCAAGUCGGGGUGGGAAUGGGCAGGUGGGAAAGCCUCGUGCCCAUAGGGCUGGGUCCCCACAGGUCUGCCUCGCUGUGCACUGCUCAGCCAGCCACUGAGAGCAGCACUGUGUGCUACAUAAAAGUCCAUUGUGUUGCUCCACUGAUAAGCCAGAGACUCGUGUGGACUCUGCCAGUACUGCCGGGCUCAUCCCUGUCCAGCCUUUUCUUUGCCAUAGUGUUGCAUUCAGCGUUCCAUCUCCUUUCUGUCUUCACACCCGAGAGGAUCUGAGUUGGGUACAAACACGUCCACUACACCUGCCUUGUGCUUUGUACAACUGCCUGGUUGCCAUCCUCUGAGACACUUGCUGGGAAGAUCUUUAAGACACUUAAAUUUUCCUUUAGCUUUUCUAUAAUUCAGAUGUAAAGGACUUUCUCUCUGUACAGUAUAUUAUCCAAUGCAUGUUCUGUUCUCUCUGAUAUAUUGAACACCACACAGUUGUGAUAUUGUGCAGUGGGAAGAGCAGCCCCUGCCAACAGCAGAGGCCUUCGCCUCUCAUCUCUAAGGAAAGAAGAAAACAUAUUUUUUCCUUUGCUGUAUUUGCUUGAGCAGAGUUUUCUUGUCUGUACAUGUGAGCUGUGAGAUAGAUGUGAAAAGUUCAAAAGAAUGCAUUCCCCCCCCCAAUGUAUACAGAUUGUAAUCUGUACAAUGAAAACUGUAUGUAUGAAAAAAUGUACCUAUUUAUAAAUGGUUAACACUUGGAAA